UCAGUGGGUGUACACUACAGACAAUGCAUCUUAUCUUAUCUAACAUGUCAUGUAACAUUCAUGAUGGGUGCUUGCCAGAGCGAAAGGCGCUGUAAAAAAAUCCAACCCUCGUAACGAAAUUCUAUGUAAUUAAUAAUUACCACUGUCGCUGUAGAUAUUAUUGUCGAGCGCAUAUAUUGCAGUAAAACACACAUCAGCAUUCAGCACGGCGGCAUACCGUAUUUCAUCUUCGACGGCCACAGGUUGCCAAUCGAUCAAUCAAAUCGUUUCUUAUUCGUUGUGCACCUCUGGGUUAAACCGUUAACUUUUUGUAACGCUUAUUGGUGGUCAUGGGCUGUGAUUAUUGUAGGCGGUAGGUCUGGGGCGUUACCCAGGUUGUUAUGUUUGAUGGAAUAUGAGAAUUUGUCUGCCAAUCACAUUAUGCAGCCGACGUCGAAGCUAUACGAUGAAGAAUUUGGUGCUGCAGCUGUCGGUAGGGAUAAUUGUCGUGUUUUCAGUGCUGCUCAUUGUAAGUUUGCACUUCAAAACUAAUUAUGCCGCUACAUUUCUAGAAAGAUACAGGAUUCCCAAAGAAUUAUCAGAAGUGGAACAAAAUAUGCAGAACAGCAAGCUAAUAGUGAACAAGAUUCAGGAUGGUGAACAAUCUACGACUAAGAUAAUUGCAAGUCUCAACCAUCAAAUUGACAAUUUGAAAAGUCUUCUGCAAUUAAAAUUACAACAAUUAACUGAGGUUAAAAAGGGUGGAAAGUUAUCACUUAUAAAAUCUGAUUUAUAUCCCGAUGCAGACAAGAUAUCACAUUAUCUUAUGUCACAGGUUGACAAUGCGUAUUUAUUGAAGCCUCAUCAAUUUAAGAAUGAAUAUGAUGUCACUCCGUUUAUAUCUUUCAACAAAUAUUCAUUAUAUGGAUCAGAUAUGGGCCUGAUGAAGAUGCCUGAAAAACCAUUGAAUUUUUUUCAGGAUAUUAAAGAGGAUUUAAAAGAAGUUAUUGAUGCAGCCACAGAAUUAUUAAAUGAUGGCACAUUGGAUUUUGUUGAGGGUUACUACAGAACACAACAAAAAGUUGGGACUCAAUAUGAAUUGGUUUUCCGAUCCACUGUGAACACUUCAGCACCAGUACAUCUUAUUACAAUGUUUCGUCCCUAUGGUCCUUUACAUUCCGUUUCAUCGACAGUUAAAAAAUCAACAGAAACAAUUUAUAUUAUCACUCCACUGCAAGGAAGAGCAGAUGCAUUUAGAAAAUUUAUAGAAAAUUUUAAAACUGCUGCAAUAUCAGGCGAUGGACAUAUCCACCUAACUGUUGUCUGUUAUGGAGACGAAGCUAUUACUGAAGCAAAAACUAUUUUGAAACAACUUGAAGUGGAAAUUGGUUUCAAAUCUUAUCGAGUAGUUGAAAAACAAUCAGAGACAUUUUCGAGAGGAAAAGCUUUACAAGAGGGUACAGUUGCACUACCUGGAAAAAAUCCACUGAUGUUUUUUUGUGAUGUUGAUAUGUUUUUUACUACUCACUUUUUAUCCCAAUGCAGAUCACAAACCCGGCCAGGCAGCCGUGUUUUCUACCCUAUCGUUUUCAGUUUAUACAAUCCUGAGAUUGUUUAUAAAGGAAAAAGCAUUCCAUCGCUGAUCGAACAACAAGUCAUCAAAAGGGAUAAUGGUUUUUGGAGAGAUUUUGGAUUUGGAAUGACUUGCCAAUAUAGAAAUGAUUUUAAUGAUAUAGGUGGAUUUGAUUUAACUAUCAAGGGAUGGGGAUCAGAAGAUGUUUUACUUUAUCGAAAAUACACAAGAUCAAUGAAAUAUCAGGUUGUUAGAACACCUGUUAAUUCGUUAUUUCACCACUGGCAUCCCAAACACUGUGAUAAAGCACUAUCUUUAGAUCAAUAUAAUGCAUGUUUGAGAACAAAAAGUCUAACAGAAGGUUCUCAGAGUCAAUUAGGGAUCCUUUAUUUGAAAGAACAAGAAGAUAAUUAAUGAUCCAGCAUUCCCUCAGUGUAUUUAUUUUUGUAUAAUGUUCAGCAGAAUUUUUUUUAUUUUAUAUUUAGAAAUGGUUUAUCAAUGUUUGUAUAAGAAUAUAUAAGGGUAAAUAUCAUGUGUUUACUAUAUGUGUUUCAGUCAUUGAGUCUAAGACUGAUAUAUUAAAUAAAUCUCAAAUGACUUUAUGUCUUAAAUUUCUCGCAUACAGUUUUCACAAUAUCAUGUUUCCCAUGAAAAACAUACGGGAAUAAUUGCAACUUUUCAUUGCUAUAUAAACACUGAGCAUUUUAAAUAUUGCUGUCUAAUACUUUUCCAUGUCACCAUUAGUUUACUCCUACUGUGCAUCUUCUUCAUUUUUACCUAUAAUAUUGUAAGAUUUUUUUCAGUAGUUCCAGCCUUUUGAUGAAUUUUUGGCAGAAAUGUAAUCCUAGACUUUGUUUUAUUCUCUUUACUUUGCAGUGCUCAGAUGAAAUACCUUUUAUUACUUCAGGAUAAUAUAUCAGUUUUUUCUCUUGA